CUCGUCGCCUGUUGUGCCUCACGCCGACCCGACACUGCUAUUCACCAAUGCUGGAAUGAACCAGUUCAAGUCUAUUUUCUUAGGCACAGUUGAUCCUCAAUCCGACUUUGCCAACCUUAGAAGUGCAGUCAACUCUCAGAAGGUGGCGAAUGCCUUCCUGACUCUGCUGCUCCUUGUCGUGCUAAUGAUUCUACUAUACAGUGCAUUCGCGCCGGAGGAAAACACAAUGUGAUUGCAAUCCAAUAUAACUCCACUCCGCUAGCGAGAUCAAUCUGCUGACUGCACUAAACCUAGGACCUCGAUGAUGUUGGCAAGGACAGUUAUCACCAUACCUUCUUUGAAAUGCUCGGUAACUGGAGUUUCGGUGAUUACUUUAAGAAAGAAGCAAUCUGCUAUUCCUGGGAGUUGUUGACCAAAGUAUAUGGACUGGAUCCUCAGCGUCUCUACGUUACAUAUUUCGAAGGCAAUAACGAAGGAGGCCUGGAGCCUGAUUUCGAGGCGAAGGAGCUUUGGAAAUCCGUGGGCGUUCCAGAAGAUCACAUUCUUCCUGGAAACAUGAAGGAUAACUUCUGGGAAAUGGGUGAUCAAGGCCCUUGUGGACCCUGCAGUGAGGUUCAUUAUGACCGCAUCGGUGGGCGUAAUGCUGCCCACCUUGUGAAUCAAGAUGACCCCAACGUUCUUGAGAUAUGGAACAACGUCUUCAUACAGUAUAAUCGCGAGUCAGACCGGUCUCUACGGCCACUUCCCAACAAGCAUGUCGACACCGGGAUGGGAUUUGAGAGACUCGUAUCGGUAUUGCAAGACAAGCUCUCUAAUUAUGACACGGACGUUUUUUCCCCUCUAUUCCAGGUUAUCAAGGAUGUCACCGGAGCCCGCGAAUAUCGCGGAAAGUUCGGCGCCGAGGACGCCGAUGGCAUAGAUACUGCGUACCGUGUCAUCGCAGAUCACGUCCGUACCCUGAUGUUUGCAAUCUCAGAUGGCGUUAUCCCCAACAACGAAGGCCGUGGGUAUGUUAUUCGCCGAGUGCUGCGUAGAGGGGCGCGCUACGCUCGCAAGUACUUCCAGGUGGAGAUUGGAAGCUUUUUCUCGAAGCUUGUCCCCACCGUUGUGGGACAACUGGGCGACAUGUUCCCAGAAUUGAAGAAAAAGCAGUUUGACGUUAUGGAAAUCCUUGACGAGGAAGAGAUGUCCUUCGCAAAGACACUCGAUCGUGGUGAGCGCCAGUUUGAACAUUAUGCCCAGCAAGCCAAGGCCAAAGGGAAUGAGAAACUUCAUGGCGCCGACGUCUGGAGACUGUAUGAUACCUUCGGGUUUCCCGUCGACUUAACCCGUAUCAUGGCAGAGGAACGUGGGUUGCAGAUUGAUGAUAGCGAAUUUGAGGAGGCGCGCCUCAAAGCGAAGGAAGCGAGUAAGGGCCAGAAAAAAGCGGCAGCCGAUACAGUCAAGUUGGACGUUCAUGACUUGGGCAAGCUAGAAAUGAUGAGCGACGUUGCCAAGACCGACGAUACAGCCAAGUUCGGUAAGGGCAACAUCAAUGCCCAAGUGAAAGCUAUCUAUCACGGUAAGGCAUUCCACUCGUCCACCGCAGAAAUAUCCGACGGUGAACAACUUGGAAUUAUUCUCGACCGCACCAACUUUUACGCGGAGCAGGGUGGACAGGAGAAUGAUACCGGCAAAAUCAUCAUUGAUGGCAAAGCGGAACUGGAGGUUGGUGAUGUUCAGCUUUAUGCUGGCUAUGUCCUUCACACGGGUUUCAUGAAAUAUGGUUCACUAGCUGUUGGAGACACGGUUAUUUGCGAGUACGACGAACUCCGUCGGUGGCCAAUUCGCAACAAUCAUACAGGCACACAUAUCCUCAAUUUUGCGCUAAAGUCAGUCUUGGGUGAUGGUAUCGAGCAAAAGGGUUCCCUUGUUGCCGCCGAAAAGCUGAGGUUCGACUUUUCUUACAAAUCGCCUAUAACGGACAAAGAUCUGGCGAGAGUCGAGGAGAUAUCAACUGAGUAUAUUCGUCAGAACUGUGCAGUCUACUCUCAAGAAGUUCCUCUCGCUACUGCUCGCCAAAUUUCAGGAGUCCGGGCCGUAUUUGGGGAGACGUAUCCCGAUCCUGUCCGCGUUGUCUCCGUUGGAGUGGAGAUUGGCGAGAUCCUAGAAAAUGUGAAAGAUCCUAGAUGGGAUGAAGUGAGUAUUGAAUUCUGCGGUGGAACCCACGUGCAGAAAACAGGCGAUAUCAAGGAUCUUAUCAUUCUUGAAGAAGGAGGUAUCGCUAAAGGAAUUCGCCGCAUCAUUGCUGUCACUGGAGAAGAUGCACACACCGUGCAGCGCCUUGCAGAGGACUUUAAAAAGCGACUCGAUCGCCUAGAGGCUAUGCCCCUUGGCUCGGAUAAAGAAAAGGAUGCAAAGCAGAUCCAGGCGGAUCUGAAUCAGCUGUCAAUCUCAGCCCUUCAAAAGUCUGGCUUCCGAGAACGCUUCACUCGCAUCAAUAAACAGAUUCUCGAUGAUCAAAAGGCGCAGCAGAAGCUUGAAUCCAAAACCGCUCUUGAAACUGUCACUAGCUAUUUCCAGAACCCAGCAAACAGCGACAAAUCUUGGCUUGUGGCUCAGCUUCCUAUUUCCGCCAACGCUAAAGCUGUCAGCGAAGCGAUUAACUACGUCAAGGCAAAAUUGUCCAACAAGACCGUCUACGUCUUGGCUGCAAGCCAAGAGCAAGGCCGUGUAGCACAUGGUUGUCAUGUCUCUAAGGUGGGCCCCCCUCCUCCCGAACCUAACUUCUACCGUUCGCUUCCCUUUCGUGACAAAUUCCUUCUCAUGCGGCUAACUUGAAUGCUUGUGAUUAGGCAGCGAGUGAUCAAGGCGCUUCUGCCACGGAGUGGGCCACCGUUGUGUCUAGCGCAGUCGGAGGCAAGGCUGGAGGCAAGGGUCCCACUUCUGUUGGCAAUGGCGUGAACCCUGAUAAGGUUGAUGAAGCCAUUAAUCUGGCAUGCGACUACCUUUCCAAGUUCAAACUCUAGAAUGUAUAAAGUUUUAUGUUUGGCAAUCACAUGUCGCCGGAUUAACUUGUCCUUUUGUUCAUAUCUCUCUUCACCACCGAGGGCUGCAUGUCCUUGACAAGCACAAAUCUUG